AUCCGCGUGUACAAGAACGGCGACGAACGCGAUCCGGGCAAGCUGAUAACCAUAACCAGGCGUGAAUACAAGCACUGGAUCGUCUUUCUGGACGCUCUGACACGAAAACUUGGCACAACGACAGCGAUCAACAGAUUAUACUCGACCCAAGGGGUCAGAGUGGAUCAUUUCACUGAGCUAGAGCACAAUGGAGAGUACGUUGCUGUGGAACGUGGACCAUUCAUCGAAUGCAGUUACGGAGCUUAUCGUGUCUGGACACAAACUGAAAGGAAAUGGACAUCAAUGGUGAGAGUGACGGAAGGCAAGCCUGUCUUCUUAGAAUCCGGCGACAGUAUGGACCUAUACUUGAAGAAGCAGGGAUAUGGCAGCACCACUGGACUUCCUUAUCCUCUUGAUGGUCUAUCAAGAAGCCCGAAUACAUCAACCGCACAAAUGAGUGGAUUUUCAAAGGACAAGACUGGCGGCAGCUUAGAACGAUUGAAUAAAGCUGGUCAGGACUUGUGGGCCGAGCAGAAUCAUUCCGUUAGUAUGGCGAACAUUCGAACAACCGGUGAAGCCAAGGAGAAAAAUACAUCGCUAAUGCCGUGGGAAGACAGCAGACCAGGUACCGUUUACGAGAAGAGGGAAAUGAGGCGUGAGGUGCUCACUGAAGGUCCAAAGCCAACGAUAUGGAGAGAGAAACAUCGUCGAGGCCAUGCGGAAAAGAUGACCGAAGUGGUGCGGACGUACGAGAAAAUCCGCGAAUAUCGACGAUUUAUCGACGAGUACGAUCCAGACUUCGUGGACUGA